CUCUUCAAGCUGACCCGACUUGCUUGUUUGACUUGAUUGCCUUCUGAAGAUUCAUCAUGGUGUCAAUGGGACGUCAGAUGCUGGGCUUUGUCCUCGGCAUCAUCGGCUUCAUGGGGACCAUCUUGGUGUGCGCCCUCCCCAUGUGGAAAGUGACCGCCUUCAUUGGAGCCAACAUCGUCACGGCGCAGAUCAUCUGGGAGGGCUUGUGGAUGAACUGCGUGAUGCAGAGCACAGGUCAGAUGCAGUGUAAGAUCUACGACUCCUUGCUGGCGCUGCCGCAAGAUCUGCAAGCCGCUAGGGCCCUCGUGGUCAUCGCUAUCAUCGUGUCCGUUUUGGGAGUCAUCCUUUCCGUCGCUGGGGGGAAGUGCACCAACUUCAUCUCGGAGGAGCGUGGCAAAGCUAGAGUGGUCAUCGCCGCAGGGGUUGUCUUCAUCUGUGCUGGCGUUCUUGUCCUCAUCCCAGUGUGCUGGUCUGCUAACACCAUCAUCAGGGACUUCUACAACCCCAUCAUGACCAACGCUCAGAGGAGGGAGCUGGGGGCUGCUCUCUACGUGGGCUGGGGCACUGCUGCUCUCCUCAUCCUGGGCGGGGCCCUUCUCUGCAGCUCAUGCCCACCCAAGAACGAAAGCCCAGAGUAUCCAGUCAAUUACGGUGCACCCAGGUCCCAAGGAGCACCCAAAUCCUACAUCUCACAGAAGUCCUACGAUGCCAGCCGAGCCUACGUCUGAAAGAUUCAAGGACGUUUUUUCUAAAAACUCUUCAGUUUGAGUUCUGGCAGCACUGCCGGUCAAACGACUGAUGAACUGUAUAAAACUGGUUCUCCUGAGAAUCCAGAGCCUGGAGAGAAAGGUACAUCUGAAGCCAAAAACUUCUGGAUUAUCUCCAAGUGAUCAUAAAUCCAAUCGAGUUGGAGAACCUGCAUUACAAGCCACCUGUUGUGUUGACACACCUGUAUCGCAUCUCUUUGUGAUCAUUGCAAUAGAGGAGUAGAAAUAUGUGCACUAGAAUACUGUCACAUUAUUAGCAAGCUUUUCUUCAGCUCCACUGUGCAACUUUUGUUUGGUUAUAUUGUCUGUACAUAUUUAUAAUGAUGUCUUUUUAAACUUUAUUUGAAUUCCAUGUAACUAGAUCUCCCAAAAAUUGCAUAUUUCCUGUAUUUGUUACAUGGAGGGUCUACACUGGCUAAACAUCCUUACAUGAGUUCAGAUUCUGAUUUGUUCUUUGCGUUUUAAAAUCUUCUGUCUCUCACAGUAAACUAAACAAACAGCUUGACAAACCCCUCCAACUGGAAGAAAGAAAGGAAAACAAUGUUCCAGGUACAAAAGCUGCUUCCAACCGGCCUUAGAGGUUCUACCUGUUCUACAACCAGUGGGGAUUUUGUUUUUUUCUAAACAAGGAAAUUACUUUGACAACAUGUAAAGCUUUUAGAGUGACAUGCUGGAAUGUGUCUGCAUGGGUUCACACUUCUUUUGUAGGAAAAGAAUUGAAAAACGUCUGCUUUUGCGUGUAAUGAAUCUCAGUUGCAAUUUAGAUAAAAUAAUCUGUAAAAUAUUCAAAUGUGAGUGUAAAUAAACAAAUACAAAUAAACAAUACUUGGAGUUCUUGCUUUUUCUUUUGAAGAGGUUUAAAAAACUUAAAUGACAAUUAGAUCAUGUAUAUUUACUUCAGUUAUUGUUGCCACCAAAGUAUGUUUUAUAAAAAUAUAAUAAAAAAAUGAAGCUAAGGUUAUAUAACAGAGGGGAAAAAGGUUUUAAAGAAAAAA